AACUCAAAAGGUGAAAGGUAAAGAGGAGAAAAGAAAAGGUGAAAAUAUACAUACAUUCCAUAACAAUAAAAAGGAAAAAAAAAUCUUGCCAGCUACCAAGAAGAAGAUUCAAAGUAGUUGGCAAGUUUUGAAAUCAAAAUCUAAAAAGGACACACCAUAUUAUGUGUAUAGCAAACUGAAAGUGAGCUAGAAAAGAAAAAGAGAAUGGGUAGCUGAAGCUAAAGUUCAGUUCUUGUAUUGCAAUUUGCUUUUGGUUUUUGUUGCACCUUUUCUGAUAAUGGUCUAUGGAAGAUUCAGAACACCAGUUGAGGUGAAAGAGUAAUGCUAGAACCAUGGGGAAGAAAGGCAGUUGGUUUUCUGCUAUCAAAAGGGUGUUUACACCCAGUUCCAAGGAGAAGCUAGCCAAUGAAUCAGAGAAGAAAAGUGGUAAGGAAAAGAAAGGUCGCGGAAAACUGAAGCAUGCAGAGAACAAAUCAUUUAUCCCUCUCUUCAGAGGGCCAAGUAGUAUUGAGAAAAUACUGGGAGAAGCAGAUGAACAAAAACUACUUACUCCAAGAUUUACUUUACCUAGUGUUGUCUCUCCUCGGGCUUCUUCUUAUAGAUUUGCCUCUCCUACUGCUACUUCUCCAAGAGUUGCCUCUCCUCACAGGCUUAUUUCUCCUCAAAGGGUUACUUCUCCAAAGAUCUCUUCUCCUAAGGUUAAUCGAAAUCGUAAAGAAAUCAGCUAUGCUUAUAGACCAGAACCAACUUUGAGGAAUCUCCACCUUUCAGCAACCAAGAUACAGGCAGCCUACAGAGGUUACAUGGCGAGGAGGAGUUUCAGAGCAUUGAGGGGUUUAGUAAGGCUUCAAGGAGUGGUGAGAAGUAGUAAUGUAAAAAAGCAAACAGCAAAUGCCAUGAAGCAGAUGCAACUUCUGGUUAGGGUCCAAACUCAAAUUCAAUCAAGGAGGAUCCAAAUGUUGGAAAACCAGGCACUUCAACACCAAGCGUACAGGAACGAUAAGGACGUUGAAAGCAUCGCGAGCAAAUGGACUCAACUGUUCGAGGCAGGUAACCAUGAUAAUUGGGAUGAUAGUUUGCUAACCAAAGAAGAAGUAGAAGCAAGGAUGCGGAAGAAAGUGGAGGCAGUCAUCAAAAGGGAGAGAGCAAUGGCAUAUGCCUAUUCUCACCAGCUAUGGAAAGGUGAUCCAAAAUCAGCUCUGGACAUGGGAUCUAGUGGAUUGUGGUGGAAUUGGUUGGAACGCCAGCUACCUUCUGAAAAUGCAUACAAGGGCCAACCUACUGUGAAAGAUAUCAACCUAACACCACCAAGAGCAAUUUCGGAGCACAAACCAAGUCCAACGCCUCUAAACAACAAUUUGAGACACAUACUCUCGGAGUACAACAAUCAUGAAUCGAUCACACCAACAAGGGCAAUUUCAGAGCACAAACCAAGUCCAACACCUCUAAACAACAAUUUCAGACGCCUACUUUCUGAUUACGAUAACCAUGAAUCGGUCACACCAAUGUCAACAAGGGGAAAACAAAUGCAUACUCCAAAUAGAACACCGCCAGUAAACAGAGCAAGUCUAAGAAAGUAUUCAAGAACCAGAGCUAGUGGUGCUAACUACCCUUUUGAUCUUCCAUUGAAGGACGACGAUAGCCUCACAAGCUGUCCUCCAUUUUCGGCUCCGCAUUAUAUGGCACCUACUGCCUCAGCUAAAGCUAAACUCAGAGCAAGUAGCAAUCCUAAGGAGAGAAUCUCACAAAAACAAUCCAGUGACACAAAGAAAAGAUUUUCCUUCCCUUUAACUCCAAAUAUUUGGUCUUCCAAGUGGAGCAAAGGCUCUGGAAAGGAUUCUGCUUCUCGAAAUGAAGUCGACAAACAAGAGUCUGUGGCAGAUCAUAUAAGUGUGGAUUCAACUGUCUCAAUGCCCGCUGUAGUUGGGAGGAGAGCUUUUAACAGAUUUGUGUGAUUCUUUGUAUGUUGUCUUUUAUUUCAUUCUUCUUUCAUUUUUUUUCUUAUUAAUGAGUGCUUGGAGUGUUAAGUUCACAGAAUAGUUGAUGUACAAUAAGAAGAUUUUACUAUGAUUCAGUGUGUACAAUCUUUUUCACUUUUUACACUUCACUGUCAAUGGAAUUGUUUUUGAACA